GCGCUGUGACAGUCCUGCGAUUGGGGGAUUUAUGCAUUUUUACGAGUGAUUUCGGCUGUCAUACUAUGGUAAUUGUUUCAUAAUACGUCCAUCGCUGUAGGGGAUGCGCUGGUUUGCACCAACCAAGAUCAAGUUCCACUAGUUGAAGACGUUGGUGGGAAGAUAAAGCUGGUGUAGGAUAUCUUCUGAGCAAUGCAGGACUGGAGCAAAAACAGUGGGGAUCGGAUUCUUGCAUCCAAGGCUGGAGGAACAUAUCCGCUGAUCUCCGGUCGAUUCCAACGGGCUGGCAAUUGAAAUAAAGAGACCUUGGGCAGAUCUAUACAUAAACUGGUACAAGCCGCACCACUGGCAGCAGACAAGGGGAUUCGUGCCUCUCUCCUCCGCUUCGCCAGUGCGCAUGGAUGAAAGUCACAGUUAAAAUGCAUGCGGCAAGUCGCGUCUGAUGUGGGAUUACGGAGUUUUUAUUCGCCCUCUUUUCUUAACCAUGUCCGAACUUUGGUUUUGGCUCUUUUUCCGAGAUGAUGCUCAUUUGUGGAAGAAUACAGGAGCCCGUUUUGCCGCGCGGGCUGUCACAUUAUUGGCCUGAAUGAGACUGUAUAUGUGCUCUUUCGAUACCUGGUUUAUGGAGCUAAACACCGAGGAGACUUGACUUUAAGUAUUUUUUUUUCUUGCUUUUUUUUGACAGCCGACGGAAGGGCGGGCGGUGAAAUCCAUGUUUUCACUGAGGUUGGAGGAAAAAGACGGGGCACAGCCGUGAUUUUCGGGAUGCUUUGGCGUUUACCGGGAUCAGCACGAUGACACCUCAUACUGGUACCGCACUUGAGUGAGCUGGGGCAUCCUCUCCCAGGAAAAAUGCAUAUCUGGAUCCUAAAAAUAAUCCUUCUGAUUGCAUCAUCUCUGAGGCUGGUCGAGAUGUAUGACAAUUAUGGGGAGAUCUGUCGAAACCUGUGUACGUGUGAGGAGAAGGAAGGGAUCCUGACGGUGAGCUGCGAGAACCGGGGGAUCAUCCGACUGACGGAAAUCAGCCCCGUCCAUUUCUCCAUGUACCACCUCCUGCUGACGGGGAACCUCCUGAAGAAGCUGUCAGUCAACGAUUUCAUCAAUUACACCGGGGUGACCAUCCUGCACUUGGGGAACAAUGAUAUCUCGGAGAUAGAGUCCGGUGCCUUCAAUGGACUCCAGGGAUUAAAAAGGUUGCACCUGAAUAACAACAAGAUCGAAGCUCUGAGGGAUGACACCUUUGCAGGACUGGAGAGUUUGGAAUACCUACAGAUUGAUUAUAAUUACAUCACCAAUAUAGAGCCCAACGCCUUGAGCAAACUGCACCAACUGACGGUGAUGAUUCUGAAUGACAACCUGCUCUCUGCCCUGCCCACGAAUAUCUUCCGGAAUGUCCCCCUCACGCACUUGGACCUGAGGGGUAACCGGUUAAAAAUGUUCCCCUACAUCGGCCUCCUGGAGCACAUGGACAAAGUUGUGGAAUUACAACUCGAGGAGAAUCCGUGGAAUUGCUCCUGCGAGCUGAUCGCUCUGAAGGCUUGGCUGGAGAGCAUAGCCUACACGGCUCUGGUGGGGGAAGUGGUGUGUGAGACGCCGUUCAGACUCCACGGAAGGGACCUGGAUGAAGUGUCCAAGCAGGAACUCUGCCCGAGAAGACCCCUGGAAGACACGGUCAGGCCUGCGCCUCCUAGCAGCACCAAUGGAUAUUACCAGACCACACCUGCUGCUGUCACGGCCUCCGCCACCUCCUCGGCUGUUUUUAGGUCCUCCUCUAGGCCUACCAAGGGCACACGGCAAUUUAACAGAACUAAGUUAAGACCCACUUCCCGAAUACCAGGCGGUAACCCUUACAAUUAUGGCCCCAUCAUUGCUUUUCAGACCAAAUCUCCUGUGCCUUUGGACUGUCCCACUGCCUGCACGUGCAACCUGCAGAUAUCCGAGAUUGGGCUCAAUGUCAACUGCCAAGAGAGAAAGAUUGAAAGCAUUUCUGAUCUAAAACCCAAGCCAUACAAUCCUAAGAAAAUGUAUCUCACUGGAAAUUACAUCCCUGUGGUACGGAGAUCAGAUUUUGUGGAUGCUGUUGGAUUGGAUUUGCUUCACCUGGGAAACAACAGGAUAACUCUGAUCCACGACCGAGCUUUUGGGGAUUUAACCAACCUGCGUAGGCUGUAUUUAAAUGGUAAUCUCAUGGACAGGCUUACAGGAGAAAUGUUUUUUGGUUUGCAGAACUUGCAGUAUCUUUAUUUAGAGUACAACAAAAUCAAGGAGGUCGAGGCGGGCACUUUCCGCUACCUCCCUAAUCUCCAGCUGCUUUUCCUCAAUAAUAACCUCCUGAAAACCUUACCUGUGGGCAUCUUUUCCAGCCUCUCCCUGUCUAGGCUUAAUCUGCGCAACAACCAUUUCCAAAACCUGCCCGUGAGUGGUGUUUUAGAUCAGCUGAAGCUGCUGGUGCAGAUAGAUCUGUUUGAAAACCCCUGGGACUGCUCCUGCGACAUAGUGGGGAUGAAGAUAUGGCUGGAGCAGCUCAGCGCAGGCACAGUGGUGAACGAGGUUGUGUGUGAGACGCCGAGACGCCAUGCAGGAGUGGACGUGCGCUCCAUUCAGUCGGAGCAGCUCUGCCCAGACUACUCUGAUGCCUACGUCUCGCCAACACCCCCCACGGACGAGCCCAUGGAUGAGCGGGUCGUCACUACAGACGCCCCGCACAAGUUCAACCCCCCCAGCAGCACCGUUCCCCUCUCUGUCCUCAUCCUCAGCCUCCUGCUUGUUUUCAUCUUGUCUGUCUUUGUGGCCGCAGGGCUGUUUGUUGUUGUGAUGAAAAAGCGCAAAAAGUCACAGAGCGACCGCACUAGCACCAACAAUUCAGACGUCAGCUCUUUUAACUUGCAGUACAGCCUCUACAGCAACCGCUCUGGCCCCAAAGUUAAGGCCCCGGCCGGCCACGUCUAUGAGUAUAUCCCCCAUCCCAUGGGCCACAUGUGCAAAAACCCUAUUUACAGGUCACGAGAAGGCAACACAGUGGAGGAUUACCGUGACCUCCAUGAGCUCAAGGUCACGUACAGGAGUACCCCUGACGAUGAGAGGGAUAGCAGUACGAUGAGGAGCCCUACGUACAGUGUUAGCACCAUCGAGCCACGUGAGAACCCCUCCCCUGUCCAGGAUGCAGACCAUUUCUUCAGAGGCAUCCUUGAGCACGAUAAGCAGUCUCCCCAUCCGUCAAUCCCAUCCAUCCCAGCAGGUGCCAAUUUAGAGUACAAGUACACAGGGCCUGUGUCGUACACGUACAACCCAAAUUUUGAUGUCAGACGUCAGUUCUUGCACCCGGAGAGGAUAAGAGAAACAGUGCUCUAUGGCACGGCACCCAGUACUGUUUAUGUGGAGCCCAACAGAAAUGAGUAUUUGGAGCUAAAAGCUAAACUGCAGUCUGAGCCCGAUUACCUCGAAGUUCUUGAGAAACAGACCACCUUUAGCCAGUUCUGAGCAACAGAAUCAUUAAUGUAAUGAAGCAUUUUGACCCUCCUUUGAAGCAGUGGCUCAGUUUAUAGGGUGCCUUGGCACGACACAAACAAGCAAGAGCGGAAGGAGUUUAAAAACGGGGUGUGCCGAACAAUCUUAUUCUUAUUUCUGAAACAUGACAUUACAGGAAUGGAUCCAGCUUUCUGAAACACGGAUGAACAAAAUUGCUCUACUUAACUGACGAUGCAAAAUCUAUUUUUCUAUGGUGAAGAUCGAAUAACACACAAAAAUGUAAGUGUACAGGUAAAUCUUACCCAACUUCAUUUUCAGGAAUAUAACCAUACAUAAGGUAUAUUGUGAAUCAGAAAAGAAAUGUUUAUAAAAAAUCACUCCUGGACAAAAACACUGUACAGCAGAUCAUCAAAACUGUGUAGGACUAUUUUCUGCUGUAGUCUGUAAGUAAGUAUUUAUUGAUAUAAUCUGCCAUGUCUUUUCAAAACUUUUGAUUCUACAUCAAUAUUACCUGUGUCAUCAUACUCCAUGAUCCUCCGGAAAAAGGCUUAUGUUUGUAGUUUCAUUUACCGUAGCUCUGCAUUGUAAAAGUGGCUUUUUUUGAAAGUGGCACACCCCCAAUGUUCAAAAAAGACUGCGUCAUUUGAAGAAGAUGAAAAAAAAAAAAAAGUGUCUUUGUAUGCUUUCUGCACUUUUUGGAAUUGGAAGGCGGGUUAGCCUUCAAUGAGCUCUCAUAAAGGAGAUUAUUAUAUUAAAAAUGAAUAUGGGUAUUCAUUCUUAAUAUGUAGAAUUGAUAUGUUAUCAAAACAAAAGUUCAUAAAUGAUAUUUGAAGUAUUAAUUCUGUUGUGUAAUACUGAUAUUUUAAUCAAUGUAACACCUAUUUUUAUACAAGCAUUCGCAGAUUCUCUAUCCCUUAUCAACUUGAUUUGUUUUGAUUGCUUUGCACUUAUUGCACUAUAUUGACCAAACUAUGUUAUUGUCAUCAAAUAAACAUGAUGUCAGGUUCAUAUAAUGUGCUUAUGAGGAGAUUAAGGCUGGUUGGGGGAUGAUAUGAAGGAGGCCAUUUGGGUUUGGUGCGACAGUGGAUGAAAUUAUGAAUCAUGGGAUUUGAGAGCAUGUAUUUUAUUUUGAAAUUGGCUAUGUUGUGGACUCAAUCAAAGCGAAUAAGGAUACAGUAUAUGCCUCACUCAUGGGGGCAGCUAGUGUCUCAGUGAGGGUUGGAAUCAAUGCAUUGCAAUCAAUGAGCAUCAUCUGAGGUUUUCCCCUUUGCAAUUACACCAUGACAACGGCAUCCACGUUGCCGCCUGGCAAGCUCUGAUUUGGUCAUUUAUAAAAGCAUCGCUGGAGGUGACUUGAAAUGAACUGCUGUUUUAUCAAUCUGACGUCAGUGGGUAGAAACUUUGAUAAGACAUACAGCUGCUGGAUGAAGAGUAUGGUGCCUCAACCACUUCUCUUUCUUUCUAAUCUUUUGUUAAUCCUUUAGAUGCAUUUCUUCACUUAAAGGAGCAGUGUGUGGGAUUUAGUGGCAUCUAGUGGUGAGGCUGCAGAUUGCAAUCGUCUGAAACUUCUCCCAUGUGCCGAGCUUCCGGUUCGUGUUUCCUUCAGUGUUCAUGGUUCAAGAGUUUUUUACUUGCAGACGUAUUAUUCGUCGAGGUCUCUUCCUCGUCUGAACAGACAGACCUGGUGAUUUAAACCGGUAAAAACACUAAAUAAAGCAGUUUCAUUGUAAAAGUCAGUGUUUUGCUGAAG